UUUAACUACUUUGAAUAACAAAUUUGAAUAUGUAAAUAAUGAGUCUGAUGAGCAGUUAGAUGAUAAGUUUGGUGAACAAUUGAGGCUUUAUGAAGUUGAAGAGGCUUAUUUUGUGGUUGAAUCAUUUGCUUGUUCAAAUAGAUUUGGAAUUCGAAAAAGACGUGUUGAAAAAGACUCAAAUAGUGUUGAGAUCUCAAGGUCAUUCAUAUGUCAUCAUACUGGGAAACCACCAAAUAAAAAUAAAUUACACAAAACUGAAAGGGCUAGUUUAUAUCAUACUGAUUGUAAAUAG